AUGCAUGAGACAAUUGAAAAUACUGGCUUGAACCAGUCUGUCACAGAAAGCUUUGCCAAGAUGAUCCACGGCUUGAAGGUGGAACACCUGACAGAUGGUGUUAUUCAACGGAGCAAGCGGAUGAUUCUGGAUACUCUGGGCGUUGGACUGCUUGGAACGAGCACAGAGGUGUUUUACAAAGUCAGCCAAUACAGCAAAAUCUACACUUCCAACUUAUCCAGCACUGUUUGGGGCCAGCCAGACUUCAAGCUUCCACCAGCAUAUGCGGCUUUUGUUAACGGUGUAGCUAUUCACUCAAUGGAUUUUGAUGACACAUGGCACCCUGCCACCCACCCUUCUGGAGCUGUCCUUCCUGCCCUCAUGGCUUUAUCAGAAGCCCUGCCUCAAAGCCCAAAGUUCUCUGGCCUUGACCUGCUGCUGGCUUUCAACAUUGGUAUUGAAGUGCAAGGCCGCUUAAUGCAUUUCUCCAAGGAAGCCAAUGACAUACCAAAGAGAUUCCAUCCACCCUCAGUGGUAGGAACCCUGGGCAGUGCCGCUGCUGCAUCCAAGUUUCUAGGGCUCAGCUUGACCAAGUGCCAGGAGGCCCUGGCCAUCGCUGUGUCCCACGCCGGGGCCCCCAUGGCAAACGCUGCCACUCAGACCAAGCCCCUCCACGUUGGCAAUGCCGCCCGGCAUGGGGUCGAAGCUGCUUUCCUGGCAAUGCUGGGACUGCAAGGGAACAAGCAGAUCCUGGACACAGAGGUGGGGUUUGGAGCCUUCUAUGCCAACUACUCCCCCAAGGUCCUUCCAACCCUGGAGUCCCACACUUGGCUGCUGGACGAGCAGAAUGUGGCCUUCAAGCGUUUCCCUGCACACCUGGCCACCCACUGGGUGGCAGAUGCAGCCGCAUCUGUGAGGAAACACCUCGUGAGAGAUGGAGCCCCUCUUCCUGUUGAUAGCAUCCGAAGAAUUGUUCUCAGAAUUCCAGACGUCCGCUAUGUAAACAGGCCCUGCCCAGACUCAGAGCAUGAAGCCCGCCACUCUUUCCAGUACGUGGCCUGCACCACACUGCUGGAUGGGACAGCCACCGUCCAGUCGUUUCACAAAGCCCAGAUUGACAGACCACAGGUGAGACAGCUGCUCAGGAAGGUGGAGCUGGAGCAUCCCCUGGACAACCUGCCAAGCUUCAACACGCUCUACUGUGAGGUGAGCAUCACCCUCCAGGAUGGAGCCACCUUCACAGAGCGUGUUAAUACCUUCUACGGGCACUGGAGGAGGCCACUGAGCCAGGAGGACCUGCAGGACAAGUUCAGAGCCAACGCCUGCAGGACGCUGCCUGAUGACAAAGUAGAAAGUCUUCUAAGGAUCAUUGAGAAACUGGAAGAUGUAGAAGACUGCUCCCUGUUAACUACACUUCUGAAAGGACCCUGUCCACCAGAGGAGGCUUCAAAAUCUACCCCACACCUGAUACUUCCUUCCCACAAUCUGUCCUGA